AUAUGUUAUUAGUUGUUUUAUUUCCACAAUGAGAUAAAUGUGACAAGAAUUUCCAAUGGAUUGAAACGUGCGCUCUGCAUUUUCCUGUGAACUAACAGUCUAUCAAAUAAUGUUUUUGCCUUCCCUCUAAAAAAGUAAGCAGAACAGUCCAGUUCUAUAUAUAUCGAGUAACACGCGUCUUGCAUCGAACAAGUUCAACUCACACUAUUAACCUAACCUAACCAAUAAAAAUUUGUAAACAGUUUUGGUGGGAAAAAUAUGUAAAGAGUUUAAAAUAUCAUUUUUCUUAUGAAAUAAAGCUUGAUCUAUAUUUGUCGUACCUAUAGAAGUACUAGCGGUUUUAAACGGUUAAUUAUGGCUGAGAAAUUAGAAGAUCUCACGUUACCCAACGGGUCAGUACAAAAGAUCAUCAAAGAAGCCCUACCAGAUAAUACUAACGUUGGAAAAGAUGCCAGACUAGCUUUAUCUAGAGCUGCGUCAGUGUUUGUUCUAUAUGUAACAUCACAAGCAUCCAACGAAGCCCAGAAAGUUAACCGGAAAACCUUGACAAAAGAAGAUGUUAUAAAUGCCUUGAAGGACCUGGAGUUUGAGGACUUUAUUGAGCCUCUACAAAUUGCACUGAAAGAGUUUAAAGAAGCAAAAGCCAAGAAAACUGUAAAUAAGUCCAUAGAAGGUACUACUCAAAAUGGUACAGAACACAGUGAAGGUGAAGAUGAUGAUGCAGAUGGCAAUGAUGAAGCUACAGAAGAUUAACAAUAUUGUGAAAUAAGACACUAAUACAUAAAGAUCACAAGGCAGAUUAUAAUCCAAGGGUAUUUAAUUCAAGAGAAGACAGUUCGUGGAAUCUCUUUAUAAACCGCUGGUCGGGGCCAUUGACCUUAGGAGUAUUCUGCAUUAUAGUAGGAACGCCGACCGCAAAGGUUUGGUUACAUCAUCGUUUUUAAAAUAUCAUAUCAGCGAUGUAAUCAAAACUUUGCGGUCGGCUCUUGAACUAUCAUUGGUUUAAAAAAAUGAAACAGCGAUCUGUGAGCGGACUGUCGUUUAUUUACGAUUCGUUUAUAGAUGGCUGGGUAUUUUGCCAAGGAUCCGCGUGUUUCGCUCGGCAUUUACCGAUGCGAUGUUUCCAGGUUGACAAAAUGUUUAGAAAAUGCUACAUUUAUGAGCUGAAUGGAACUCUGCAAUUCACGGGUUUAGGUGGUUAUACCCUAUUUCACGAGUAUCCAUCACGGGACAAUGACAGCUAGCUAUCUAGUAAUAUAUCAAAAUCCCCCAUAUCGGCACAGGACACAUAAUUAAUUCCGAGGAAUCGGUGAACUCCAGGUAGACAGACCGGUAUUUUGUUGUGGUUCUUUGUAGGCUCCAAAGGCGUAUUAUUGAAAAUCGUCAGCAAUUCAUUAUAAACCGGGUUCGGUCUGAUGAGGAUUGUACAGAUAGUUGUUUUAGUGACUAGCGUAGUGGGAUUGCGUCUAAUGUGUGUACUAGCUCCACAAUUACUUUGGAAUGACUGUGAAAGGACUCGUGUGUGUAACUAUUUAAUUUGCAGGUUGAUGUAAUUUCCUUAAAAGCAAAAAAUUAGACUCCAUCUUCUAUUUAAAGAAAAUAGUUUUUCUUUCUUAAACAUAUAACCUGGGACAAGUCAGAGAGGUCGCAAUGCUAUCACUUGAAGCUUGUGUUCAACAGAUAUAUAAUUGUAAGUGCGUGGGAAUCUUCUGAUGGAAUAAGUCAAUCAAUGACUGAACUUACUGAUCAAGUAGUCUUUGGUACUGCUUCAACCAGAAAUCGUCAAUAUCAUUGCUACUUUCUUCCAUACCUUGCAAUGUUGAUAUCAGUUGUAAUUGCCUUUCCUUUUGUUGAUCAAUCAAACUGAUUAGUAGGCAAGAUAGUCCUAUUCUUUGGUCACAUAAAUUGUUCUAGAGAAAACAAGAAAGUAGUGAAAGGCAACAGGCUUCAGUUUUUAUGGCUCUAUGGAGGCUACUCUUAUUUCUACUCUUAAUAGUGAAGUCUGAGGUGUUAUUUCUUUUUAGCAAACAGAAAUUGAAAAUACCUAUGAAGAAUUCUUUGUAAAUAUGAGUCAAGGAUGAAAACUACUAAGAAAUAUAUUGAAAUCUACCAGGUGUUGAUUCAUCUGCAGUUUCUUCCUGUCCAUCUCUAUAUUUGUCAAUCUAGCUAGCUGUGACUCAACCAGUCGAAUUUGUUGUAACAAUCCCCAACUUCUAGCAUCACCUCUCUCUAAUAGUGUGGCAACAGCAGCUUUUUGUAAAUCAGUAUCUUCAUUCAAGUCAUUUACUAGCUUUGCUUUGCACUCCUCUUGAUCCCUGAGAACAUCUGCUAGUUUUCCAUCUAAUUCUGAUUGUCUGAAAAAAGGAAAUGAGGAAUACAAACUUUUGUAAACAAUAAACAUACAAAUGCUAGUGGCCAAACAAUAAAAAGCAAAAUCUGAUAAAAAAUACAUACUGUUCUAAAAUGCUUUUAGAAGUGACCAUGCGGUCUUCAUCUACUUGUUUCAACAUUGCUGUC